AAUUUACCAAUUUGCUCCGUAUUUUCCUAAGUUGGUGGGAGACAGAAAGCUGAAAGGAAAUUGCUGCCAGUUUCAUCUUCGAAUGCACUUACCAAAACGCAGUUAAAGCUGUCACCUUUUCCUCAAUUCCUUCUUGACUGUUCCUCCAUCUUUCCCCACGGUUUAAUUCUCGCCGGAUCAAUAUAUAUCAAGCACCGCCUUUCGCCGCCGGAGCACGUCAGAGGUGAAUGCGUCACUGAUUUUAUCCCCCGAUGAACAGUAAACCCUAAUUCGCAGUCUUUUUUCGUAUACCCUUUGUUUAUCUUAACUUGGUUUUCUAGCUCCAGAGCAUCUGUCUGAAAUUGAGUUCAAGGAUCGUGAAUUUCAAAUUUGUAUGUUGAGUUUUGAGGAUCUCGGAUCAUUGCUUUAGUUUUUGGAUAGUGUUGGUUUUCUGGCGAGAUAUUAGCUCUGGCCUCCGCUAGGAUUCAAUAUGCAGAAGAGCGGGAGUCUCUCCAGGAAUAGUUCUGUGAAGCUGUCGGCGUCUCCACAGUCUCUCCGUCGUCUUGGCCUCUGCUCUCAGAUAUCAACAGGGCAGCAAUCGUCUCCAGUUGUCUUCCCGGAAAAGCGAAGCAAAGGGAGGAAGUCCACCCGUUCGGAUGACCUUAACAAUACCGGUGAUGCUAAGAAGGAGAAAAGAGAUGAGCAUAGGCUUGACAUGGGAGAUGAAAAUUCGGGUCUCUUAGGAUACGAUGUAUUUUCUGGGAAAUUGGUCCUGGACAAGACAAAGUCUGCUAAGAAUGCUGAUGUGGACUCCCCCAAGGAAACGAAAGGUCAGGUUGCCCUUGAUGCUAAACUCACUAGCAAGGCCAUGGUAUGGGGUUCUGAAAUGCUGGUUUUAGAGGAUGUUAUUUCGGUUUCAUACUGCCCCAGUCUCCGGCAUUUCACAAUUCAUUCUUAUCCCCGUAUAAGUGGUUCUCAUGGGCUUAUUAAAUGUUUCAUGAAAGCAAAAAGAAGCCAAAAGGAUUUUCGGUUUGUUGCUUCAACUCCCGAGGAGGCCAUCCAAUGGGUUAGUGCAUUUGCAGAUCAGCAGUGCUAUGUGAAUUUGCUGACACAUCCUUUGGGGUCUUCAAGGAAGCAGAGUACUGAGUUGUUUAAUAAUACAUUUCCACCUGAAUCAUAUAUAAGAUGCAAAACUCCACCUAAAAUGCUUGUGAUACUGAAUCCACGGUCUGGUCGUGGUCGGUCAAGUAAAGUGUUCCAUACCAUGGCCGAACCUAUAUUCAAGCUUGCUGGGUUCAAGUUGGAGGUGGUCAAAACUACGUCUGCAGGCCAUGCUCGGGAACUUGCAUCAACUGUUGAUUUCAGCACAUGCCCUGAUGGUAUUAUAUGUGUUGGAGGUGAUGGAAUUGUUAACGAGGUAUUAAAUGGUUUACUUUGUAGGGAUAAUCAGAAGGAAGCUAUUUCUAUUCCAAUUGGAAUCAUACCUGCUGGUUCUGAUAAUUCAUUGGUGUGGACCGUUCUUGGUGUAAGAGACCCAAUUUCUGCUGCAAUAGCAAUAGUCAAGGGAGGUCUUACUGCAACAGACGUUUUUGCUGUUGAGUGGGUUCAAAGCGGUCAGAUUCACUUUGGCACAACUGUUUCAUACUUUGGCUUUGUUAGUGAUGUUUUGGAACUUUCUGAGAGGCAUCAGAAACGGUUUGGCCCUUUGCGCUAUUUUGUUGCUGGCUUCCUCAAAUUCAUGUGUUUACCAAAGUACAAUUUUGAAGUAGAAUAUCUUCCUGCAACGAAAGAACCAACUCAAGACGGGAAACAAGAAAUCAUUGACAUGUCCGAACUGUAUACAGACAUCAUGAGGAGAUCAAGCAAGGAAAGCCUUCCCCGAGCAUCGAGCUUCUCAAGUAUUGAUUCAAUAAUCACCCCAGGGAGAACAACAGACUUGGAUACUACUAGCACCACUGAGCCUUCUGAUUAUGUGCGUGGAAUAGACUCAAAGUCUAAACGGUUAUCUUCCGGAAGAUUCAAUAUCUCAACAGCUGAACCAGAAGUUAUUGUCCAUCCCCAACUUCCUUUAUCCUCAACUCCAAAGCCCAGAACUAGGUCAAAAUCAAGGGGGGCAGAUAAAGGAUGGAAUGGACUAACCGCCACAAAUGAUUCUACUAGAUGUUCUUGGGGAAAUAUAACUGCAAACGAUAAAGAGGAUAUUUCAUCCACAAUAUCAGACCCUGGUCCAAUUUGGGAUUCAGAACCGAGAUGGGACACUGAACCUAAUUAUGUAUAUGCAGAAACUCCUAUUGAAUUGCCUGGACCGCCAGAGGAUACCGAGGAUGUUGUUCCAAAUGAGAAUCCAACAAAGUCUGAAGAGAAAUGGGUGUCUACUAAAGGCCAAUUUCUUGGUGUCCUGGUUUGCAACCAUGCAUGUAAAACUGUUCAAAGCUUGAGCUCGCAGAUUUUGGCGCCUAAAGCCGAGCAUGAUGAUAGCACGCUGGAUUUAUUAUUGGUUCGUGGAAAUGGAAGGCUUAAGCUUUUGAGGUUUUUGUUGCUUCUGCAAAUGGGCCGACAUAUUUCACUGCCAUAUGUCGAGUAUGUUAAGGUAAAAUCUGUGAAGCUAAAGCCUGGAAAGCGGACCCACAACGGCUGUGGGAUUGACGGUGAACUGUUCCCCGUUAGCGGCACAGUCAUAUCGUCCAUACUCCCUGAGCAGUGCAGGCUGAUCGGUUGUCCCCUCAACAAAUAAACCAUCAAAAGCGCACCUCUCCAUACCGGCAAUGUCACCUUUUUUCCCGUUAUUUUUUCGAGCUUGAACCCCCCCCCCCCCCCCACAACCCCACCCCCUCCUCCCCUUGUAAAUUUUGUUAAUGUUUACCUCUUCCAAAUCUGCAUUUCAUUCUCACACACAUAUACAUAUAUAUAAGCAAAUGUAUGGCUGGUAAUGGCUUAACACUUCCCAUGUAAAGAAUCUGAUUUGUUGACUUCACUUCUGCUCAAAGAAUCUGUUUUUGUUGGCAAGACUUUGAGAUCAAUGGAGUGUGAAGAUGGUCAAAGUCAAACGCAAAUUUAACUACUCACUCCCUAUGGAUUUUGUCAUCUUAUACUCGUAUUUUAGUGGGUGUAAUAUAUAUCAAGUCAAGUC